UAAUCAAAAACAUUGAGACAAAAUUUAAUUAUUGAAAUAAAUAUUGAUAUAUCUUUGUUUUCAUUGCUAUUGAAAAGUCUAAAAAUUUAUAAAUAAUUUACCUUCCGUUCAGCGACAUUGUUUGCAUAGUGUUUAAUCGGAAUGGCUGGUGAUAACAACACUGGUGGGGGGUCACAAGUUGCUCUUGUGACUGGUGGCUAUGACCACACCAUCAAACUAUGGCAGGCACACAGUGGAGUAUGCCUACGAACCAUGCAACAUCCCGACUCACAAGUGAAUGCACUGGAGAUCACUCCCAAUGGACAAAUGGUUGCUGCAUGUGGAUACCAGCACAUCCGGAUGUAUGACCUGGCCAGUGCUAACCCUGACCCCGUUAUGAACUUUGAAGGUGUAACCAAAAAUGUAACACGAGUAGGAUUUCAAAAAGAUGGAAAAUGGAUGUACACAGGUGGUGAGGAUUGUACAGCUAAAAUAUGGGAUCCAAGGGCUGGCCGGCAGUUGCAGUGCCAGGGCAUCUUCCAGGUACCUGCGCCAGUGAAUGCUGUCGUGCUGCACCCCGAUCAGACUCAGAUUAUGGUUGGAGACCAGAGCGGUAUCAUUCACAUGUGGGAUCUGAGGACUGAUCAAAAUGAACAAUUGAUACCUGAAGCAGAGGCGUCCAUCCAGGAUAUAGCCAUUGACCCCGAGGGCAAAUUGAUGGCGGCUGUGAACAACAAAGGCAAUUGUUACGUGUGGGCACUGGACGGCGAGCCUCCGCGCCCUGUACCUAAGAAGCACAUACAAGCGCACAAGAAAUACGCGCUCCGAUGCAAGUUUAGUCUCGACUCCACCAUGUUGGUGACGACCUCUGGUGACUGCUCGGCGAAAGUGUGGCGGACGUCGGACUGGACGCUGCUGCGCGAGCUGCGCCACGACUCCCAGCGCUGGGUGUGGGACGCCGCCUUCAGUGUCGACUCGCGGUACCUCUUUACUGGUUCCUCGGAUAGUUACGCGCGACUUUGGGACGUUGAGAAGGGCACACUCGAGAGAGAGUACUGCGGACAUCAGAAGCCUAUCACAGCACUGGCCUUCAGAGACCAAGCCGCCUAGUCUAUACUAGUUUAAUAGAAAUUACCGAAAUUUUGUACAAAGUUAUGGCAAUACAUGAGUGGUAACACUGCUGUUAUAUGAUACGUAAUAGCCAUGAUGCUGUAAAUAUAUGUAGAUAUAAAUAACAAAAUUGGGCUAUCUAUAUUUAAUGAGUGACAAGAAUGUAAUUGAUAUAAACAAUCUAUAUCACUUUCGCUAUAUAAACAUUAAAUAUUUUCUAUUGUUAAUUCAAUAUUUUUGAUUUUGGACUUUUAUACCUACUAAAGAUUACAACUACAGUAUGUAAUAAACAGGAACUAAUUAUUAUAAUCAUCGUCUGCCGUUACGUUUUAAGCAUCGGUCUCUCAUAAGAAUAUAAUUCGGAAAUUGAUUUGGUACAUACCGCUCUGGCUUCGUAUGGGUGUACAUAUAUUAUACAUAGAAACCAUCCUCUUGAAUCACUAUCUUCGUGAAUCUAUUACUAAAAACUGCAUUAAAAUCCAUUGCGUUGUUUGAAUGAUCUAACCGAACAGACAACGGAAGCGACUUCAUUUUAUACUAUGUAAUAAUGUAAAGAUAUAUCACUCGUCUUAAUGUCGCUGCCGGGCCAAAGGCUGCCAUUACUACCACAAGUUGUUGCCACAGUGGCAUUUAGCCUAUUACAGUGUAGAGUAUUUUUUUAUAAGCAUGUAAAUAUAUUGUAACAUUAUAUUUAGCAUUUACUGUGUAAAUGUGUAUGUUGUAUGAA